CAAUAGUACGAGCUUAGCAAACAUAGCAACCCUCGAUUAAAAGGUAUAUGUGACUUUUGCCUUUUAUUUUCCUCUGGGGACUUUCCUCUUUCUCUUCUCCUCCUCCAUUGUCUCUCCCUUUUCACACUCAAAAAACUUUUACAGCAAUGGGGCUGGGAUCUGAUGAGGCCGAGCCACCACAGCUGCCCUUAUUUUCUGCCCCACCAUUUCACUCCCACGAGCCAUCAGGGACCCUAACCCCGCCCCACCCCUCCUCAGUCUCGGUCCCAUUCCGCUGGGAAGAGCAGCCCGGGAAGCCAAGGCCCUGCACUGCCCUGGCCACCCUUCAAAACCCCACUGACUUUUCCCAAAAGUGCUUAGAGCUCCCUCCAAGGCUGCUUUUGGAAGCCAAACAGCUUUCUCCCACCACAGUGUUGGAGGGUCCUUAUGUCGGCAGGCCAAGGUUUCAGUCUUCCUCAUUCAGGAUGGAGUGUUAUGGCGGUUUUAGCCCCGAGAGAGGAGGGGGGCUUGGUGCUCUGGUUCUGAGCAGGAAAGGGAAGGAGAGAGGGUGGUUUGACUCAUGGGGGAGGAGGGUGUUGAAGGGAAAAAGAGACGUUGGUGGGGCUAGUUAUGUCUUUCCAUCUUCUGUGGACGGAGAGAGUGACGGUGGUGGCAGUGUGGGAGGAGAGAGUGGGAGGAUGAAGCUGAAGAAGAAGGUGCCAAGGAUUACAAGGGUUGGGAGCUUUUCUAGUCUCUCUCAUGACAAACCUCACUUCUGGCGCAUUCACCCUUGCACCUGACGUCCCGAGUUCCAUUUAGUAUCGCUCGUGUAAAAUUUGACCGAGAAAGUAUGAACUCUAGAUGGUUUUAAUGUCAUUGAGAAACUGGUACAAAGCCUCGGAAGGGUGUGACAGGUUCCCCUCUUCUGCAGGCGAAUUGAUCUAAGCUCUUUGCUAGAGAAAGAAAGGGGUUCUUUUAGUAUGCACCGGUAUAUAGUAUGCACAUACACACUGGGAUCUCUAGUCCUUAGAAUCUUGGCCGCAUAUCCAACCCUCUAUUCAUCCGGUGCGUGCCAUAUUCAUCUGGUAUGUAGUAUGCCAUAUUGCCAUGCUAUAUGUACCCAACUAAGCAGGUCUCUAAGUAGGACAAGAUAGAUUGGGGUUUGUACUUUGUAGGGUAGGCAGAGGAAUGGAAUGGGAGUGUGAGAACAUGUUAUGUCGCUGGUUUGGCCAAGGCCACGAGUGUGACGACUUAAGGAAAAGUCGUUAUGGCCCAUUUUAAGAUGCUUUUGGAAGAAGCACUUUUGAUCAUAAGCAUUUUAGCUAGAAGCAUUUGGAAUUGCUUUUUGGAGAAGCACCUUCAAAUGCUUAUACAAUCUUUGCAGUUGUCAUUUCUAAUCUUUUUCCGCCAUGCGCAAGCGCUUUCAAGCAUUCUAAAUGCAGUUCCAACCAGACAUUUAGAUUUUCGUUUGGGAACGUUGAAGUUAUUUGUAAUUGAAGUAAAAC